AUGCACAAAUCGUUUUGAUUCAAAGUUACCUUCACAGUGGAACCCCGGGGUUCCCUGCAUGGAGUUGAAGGUGUACUGUACGUCAACUUGAUGAACGUCAACUUGGGCGGUAACGUCAUGUGACCGUGGCUCCACCCUCAUCAGUGCUGCUGGCUGCUCAUUAUUCAAACACAACGACGCCGAAGGCUGAGAAAAGUGACAACUACGGCUCUUGUAGUGCUCUUUAAUAUUCAUUAAUUUGUUUGGUACCCGCGCCUGGUAGCUGGUGACGUAGCCCACGCGCCCCGCCGACAUGCUCACAGCCGCGCGCCUUGUGCUAGCCAAGCUGGUUUCUCCGCUCUGGAGAACGACUGAUGCGGGAGGAGACAACAUCUUGACAGACAGCCCCGGCACAGAGGACGUCCGCCACCUGCGGGGCAGCGUGGUGACGCAGCUGUGUUUGGACUACGGCAUGAUAGACGAUGCCAUCUACUUCACAAGUGGGGAGGUUCUGGGCGGGGUGCCGCUGAAUGAGGGAGACCUGGUGAACUGCAUCGCAGUGAGAGGUGGUGCCGAGAGUGGAUGGAAAGCUCUAAGGGUGGAGAAGAGUGCGGAUUCCUGGGACGAUGGAGGAACGUCUGUGGACGCGGACUGCAAGCAGCUGCGCCCUCUCAUAGGAACCGUCACAUCAUUUGACGGCGAGAAGGGUGACAUUAAUCAGACCACGAACUUCACACGUUACAGCCUUUCAGAAGGUUAUGAGCCAAUGAAAGGUGACUGGGUCCAAGCAAAGUUUUAUGUCAACCCCACUCAGUGGAAAACCCAGGCUCAUUCUGUGGCUCCGUUGCGCUAUAGUCGCCUGGACCAGGUGCGUGUGACCAGUUUGUAUGGAAGCAACGGCGUGGUGGAGGACAGCGUCUUCUUCAGCUUGGACUCGCUGCUGCUGCCAACCCAGUACAAGCCGUCGCCGGGGGACCUGGUCAACCUGGUAAUGGUGGAGAGCUGCCAGUCCUUCUACUCCUGGAGGGCCCUUUGCAUGGCACCCUGCCACCAGAGUAAACCUUUAACUGCUGCCCUUCCCCUGGAGGCCGAUCUCAAGCAUCUCCUGGAAAACAAAGGAGGGCUUGACGUAUCGGACUAUGGAGAGUUUGGGGGCCUGAUGCUUGGGGAGAGAUGUGAGCUGGUGCUGUGGAUACAGAAUAAAGGCUCUGAGUCUCAAACACUGAAGUGCUGUGACUUUGCUGGCUGGGACUCUGAAGAGCAGUUCACCGUGGUUACUGUUGGCAGAUCCACAUCACCCAACCAGAGGCAGCAAUUGGUUGACCAAAAUUGCUCAGAGUCACGUGAAAAACAAGUGGGAGAUGCAAAGGAGAGAGACGGAGAAAAUGGUGCGACGCAGACGGACCCAGUCCGAUCCCAUGAUGCAGUGGAGGUGGAAAUAUCACCUGGAGGAAGAAUACCUGUUGUUAUAGCCUGUGAAGCAAAGAGCCUUGGCAGCUGUGCUGAGCUGCUGCUGCUGCGUUUCUCGUCUUUCACCAUCGGGAGGCGUCUGGUGGUCACAGUGGGCAGUGAGGACGAACGCCUGCUGAAGCCUUCAGGGGACUAUAGUCCCCGUAACGACAAGCUGCUCACUGAAGGGCCGUCACAUGUGGUCACUGUAGCUGCUCCAAAAGAUCCACCGAGGCUCCGUAAGCGACGGUUGCCAAACUUCCUGCCAAGCUUCCCGGUGCCGAAGGCUCUGAGAGACUGCGUGGAGUCACAGAAGGACGUGCUGGUGGUUGAGCCCUGCUUAGGAGAGGUUCUCACGCCAUCCAACUGCCACUCGCGCUUCUCAACCCUCCUCUGGCUUGAAGAGCUGCACGCAGAAAAAGAGCUGAGGGAAUUCAGCAUCAGCGGCGCACUUCUUCGCAAAGGAGGCAACUACCUGCACCUCGAGGUGCUCGGGUUGGCAGAAGGCAGACCGUACCUUAAUAUAGGGGACAGAGUUUUACUGAAGAAUCUACAGAGUGACGGCGUGGAGAUGGUGUACGUCAGCUACGUCACUGAGAUUUAUGAGGAGACUGUGAGUUUGAGAGUGAAUUCAAGCUUUCAUGAAUCCUACCUCGGCGAGCCACUUGAUGUUGAGUUUACCUAUAACAGGGUAACCAUAAGGCGAUGUCAUAACGCUCUUGAACUGACCAAACAAUUUGGGGAGAUUCUCUUCCCCUCCAGAGUGACCCCUCAGACCCCUCAGUGGACUGGAGCAUGGAUGGACGAGAGUCCGGCAGCUGAAAAUGGAAACGCGACGAGCGCGCGUGUUGACAUGAACUCGAAGGCCACACAGACUAAAGGCACAGAAGGAAAACAACCCUCCAAACCAAUCCCCAGCAAAGGGCAGUUUUUUAACCCAGAUCUCAACCCCUGUCAGAAGAAAGCGGUGAAGAGGAUCCUGGAAGGAGAAUGUCGCCCUGUUCCUUAUGUGCUCUUUGGACCUCCAGGAACCGGAAAGACCAUCACUCUUAUUGAAGCCAUACUGCAGGUCUACCACUUUCUGCCCAGCAGCCGGGUGCUCGUGUGCACUCCAUCCAACAGCGCUGCUGACCUCAUCUGCAUACGUCUACACUACAGUGGCUUUCUGCAUACUGCAAGCUUGGCCCGUGUUAACGCCUCCUGUAGGGAGAACGAGUCUAUUCCCGAAGUGUUGCGGCCUUACUCGCGGGCCGGUGAAGACAUCCGCCAUGCUGCUUUCCACAGGAUUGUUGUUAGCACCUGCUCCAGUGUCGGCAUGUUUCAUAAUAUUGGAAUACAAGUGGGACAUUUCACUCAUGUGUUUCUGGACGAAGCUGGCCAAGCCACUGAGCCAGAGUCUCUGAUCCCCAUCAGCCUCAUCUCAGAGAGGGAUGGACAGAUAGUGCUGGCUGGAGACCCCUGCCAGCUGGGCCCCAUAGUGAAGUCCAAGCUGGCCGUGGCCUUCGGGCUGGGGGUCUCUUUGUUGGAGAGGUUGAUGGCCACUCCCCUAUACACCAAACAGGAGUGGGGAUAUAACCCUAAGCUGGUGACUAAGUUAAUCUACAACUAUCGCUCCCAUGAGGCCCUGCUUGUGCUGCCCUCCAAGCUCUUCUACCUGGGAGAGCUGUGCUUCAAAGCUCCAAGGGAUAUCGUGGACUCCCUCUGCCAGUGGAAAACCUUACCGAAAAGAGAUUUCCCCCUGCUUUUUCACGGUGUCAGGGGCACAGAAAUGAGGGAAGGCAACAACCCAUCAUGGUUCAACCCGGUAGAGGCUGUGCAGGUGAUGCUUUACUGCUGCCAGCUGGCCAAGAAGCUCUACAACCCUGUGCACCCCUCGGACAUCGGCAUCAUUGCUCCCUACAGGAAACAAUGUGAAAAGAUCCGCGUGCUGCUGGGUAAAGUGGGCUUGUCUGACAUCAAAGUGGGCUCGGUGGAGGAGUUCCAAGGACAAGAGUUUCUGGUCAUCAUCUUGUCAACGGUACGCUCUAACGAUUCAGUGGGAAGUGAUGAUUUACAGAAUUCGCUUGGUUUUCUGUCCAAUCCGAAACGCUUCAAUGUGGCCAUUACUCGUUCCAAAGCUCUGCUCAUAACCAUCGGAAACCCCCACGUUCUCAUCAGGGAUCCAUGCUUCAGGGCUUUGCUGCUGUACUGCUUCAACAGUGGGGCGUAUCUGGGCUGUGACCCUCCUCAAGCCCUGAGGGAGUCCCACAUGUGUGUAAACGGACAUCUGGAACUUUAGGAUUAAUUAACCCUCACUGCAGAGAACCACAGAAGUGCUUAAGAGGAACAUGGCAUCACUGAUGGGAAAUUUGUCACGUUUCCUUUGACUUUUUCUAUGCUGACUGUUUUCAGACCUGGUAUCGCUUCCUAAGUAAGGAAAAACGUCUCGAUUCUGUAAGAGACAGAUGCCUGGAGUUAUAAAAAAAAUAAAACAUUUGUGCGUGUUCCUU